AUGAAAUCAAAAUAAUAUGUGUCUUAGAUAUUAGAUUUAGAUGAACAAAAAUUAUAGAUCAAAUAAUUAGAAGAGAAAAAUGUAAAAAAUAUACUAAUAAAUAGGAAAGAUUACUUUAAAAAAAUUAUGAUUUGAUUCGUGAAAUAACACAUUACUAAAUACAAUUAAGAGAUAAAGAUUAAUAAAUUGAGUAAUUGAAAAGAGAGAAUGGAUAAUUACGAUUUGAAUUGCAAGUAUUUUCAUAUUAAAAAUCAAAGUUAGCUUUGAAAUAAGAAGAAUUAUAUAGUGCAGUAUCAUUAGAUAGAUAUAAGAAAGUGGCUUAAACAAUUCAACCUUAAAGUAUAUUUAAUGUGUAUCAAUAUUUAGGAAAAAGAAUAUUUGAAACUAAGAAGACAACUUUGCAUAUGAAUUACUUGAGUCCUAAGAAAUGUAAUAAUGAACAGGAUGAUGUCAUAAGUCCUGAAGUAGUAGAACUUCGAAAAUACAGUGAAGAUGAAUUACAUUAAGUAGUUGUGUAAGAAAUUUAAGUGCAGGAAUAUAAUUAUGAUAAUGCAUCUAAAGUUGAUUAAAUUAUACAGAAAUACUCUAAAAAGAAAUUAGAAUAAUGUAAAGGUGAAGAAUCAAAUUUUAGUUCAUAGCAAUUAUUUUAGGAACCUAUUGCAAUUGAAUAAGAAUUAUUAUCAUCAAAAUAAUUAUUGUAAUAAGACUAGGCUUAAUAAUAUUCAUUAUUUGAAGAAUUCAUUAUUAUUAGUGUUUCUAAAUCAACUUUAAAUGGAUUAACUAGUAAUAUAUUAGAAAAAAGAGAAGUGAAUUUAAAACCAGAGAUAUUAUUUUAACAUUCAUCUGCUACAUCAUGUUAUAAGGAAUAAUUAUUAUUAUUACCAUAAUAAAUACAUCCAUAUGGAUUGAAGGUGAAAUUAGAAGAGAAGACUCUAUCCAUGAGUAAUUUGAAUUCGUAUAUCAUCUAAUAUAUAUUUUAGAAUUUUAAUGGGUGGUUAAAGUUAUGAUAGAUUAGCAGGUGCAUAUGUAAUUACUAUGAAAUCAGAAUAAACAUUUAAUAACAAUAAAAUUAUUAAGAAUCCAAUUUAAAUAAAUACAGAUAAAAUUAGUGAUCUAAUUUCAAUUACUAAUAUUCAUCAUUAAUUAUAUUGUGUAUGUGUUGAUGUUCCUGAUUUCUAUGAUUACAAUGUUUGUAACAAUAACUCAAAAUUACAAAAGAAAUACUUUUAUUCACUUUGUAAGACUUAUUGUUUCAUCACUAAAGCCCCAAUUAUUGAUUUUUUUAUUGAAAUCAUUAAAAUUAUUAUAAGUAUCAAUAUUAUUUAUUAUUAGAUACAUUAAAAUACAAAAAAGCAGAGAUCUAUUCAAUGGUUUCAGAAUUCGAAGACACAUUAGGAAAUAUUGAUAAUUCUUUUUAUACAGUAAAAUAAAAUUUUAUAAUAAUAAUAGUCAUUUAAACCAGAACUAUUUAAUUUUUUAACAGAGUUAUAGAAUUCCAAAUAUAUUAGUGAAUGCAAUUACUAAUUUUUAUAGACUCCAAUAAAACCAUAACUCAUUCAUUGUUCAAAUGUUCAAAAUUAUGAAAUAGAAUGGGCCAUAUCAUAUGCAUUAUCACAUAUAGAAUUACCCCAUUAUUUAAUUCUUUUGAUCAAUAUGAUGUUGGAAUAGAAUAUAUGUAUAAUUAGUUAUAAUCGAACUUUAUUAAGUUCAUUAUUGUAAUUUUUAUAUAUAAUAAAAUAGGAUGGUAUUACCACAUAUGAUUUAACCAUUUUAACACAUACAUCCUACUAUUCAUGCUUUAACUGCUUAAUUGAUGCCAAUCCUUGAUUCUCCAGUUCCAAUUAUUUGUGGGAUUGUUAAAGAUAAUGAAAAUGGAUUAAGUAAUUUGGGUAUUGAAGAUGAUGAAUCCUUUUUUCAUGAACAAUCUCAAGUUCUGUUUUUUGAUGUUAACAAACUUAAAUUUUUUAAUUUAGCAAAGAAUAUAACAGAUAGUAAGAUGUAUACAACUUUAUUUUAUAACUUAUUCCAAACUUAUUAAUAAUUACGUCAAUAAAGUGUUCCUGGACAUUAUUUAGCAGAUAAUAAUGAAGCAACAUUAAAUUUGAGUUUAAAAAUCUUAGAUGAUACUUAAUCCUAUAUUUAAGAAAAUUUACUUUCUUUAGUUCCAGAGCUUGAUGGUGAUAUUAAUCUUGAUUCAAUAUAAGAUAAGAUACUUAAUUCAACUGAGGAUGAAAUUUUCAAAUAAAUAAUAAAAACCCAAUAUUUCUCUUACUACAUAUAAUAGAAAUUCCAUCCUUUAUGA